AUGUUCGACCAACCUAUGAAAGAGCAGCAAGAGAAUGAAGUGGAAAUCGAGGAUAUCGAUUACGACGUUAUGCAGCAGCUAUUGCAGUUCGUUUACACGGGAAAAGUCAACGAUAAGAAGGAGGCGAUUUUCUACAUCGAUCUUCUGAUAGCGGCUGACAAGUACGAACUAGAUGGGCUAAAGAUGUUGUGCGAGGAUUCGUUGAUCGUUAACUUGUCUGCGACAAACGUGGGUGAGUUGCUGGCCGUUGCUGAUCGCCACAAAGCCAGCGCGUUAAAAAAGGCUUCAAUGGAGUUUAUACUGAAACACCUAAAGCUCCUCAUAGACUCGCAGAAGUUCAAGGCAGACAUGGCUGCCCUUUCGCCUCUACUCGUAGAAAUAAUCACCAUGUUUAUGCUAUCGGAGCAAUGA